AUGCCAUCGAUCAAUCUCAGCGGCAUGCCGUCGCUAAGACGGCAACACCUUCUGGCUGAAUUCUCCGGCCUCAAGCAGGCAUGUCCGGAAGGCAUCUUUGUCAGUCUCACACCGGGCGAAGUCACAUUAUGGUCUGGUGCCAUGUUCAUCAGGAGAGGGCCCUAUGAAAACGCCAUCCUACGAUUUCAGAUCUCUUUCCCAGACACCUAUCCACGCCUGCCGCCCCUUGUCACAUUUUCCUCAGACAUGUUCCAUCCACUCAUUGCUCCUCUCACCACCUACAUGUACACAACCGACAUUCAGGACAAUGGCACCGUCAGUGCCACUGACGACGAACGUCUCCCGCCCGGGGGCUUCUCGCUCCGCCACGGCUUUCCCGGCUGGUUCGGGAGGAGGGGCCGUAGCAACACCACCAGCGCCAGACAGGUCAGCGGCGGGCAGCAACCUCCAGCCACGCCGGCCAAGGGUGGCAGCAGCAGCGCCAUUACAACCCCAGACUCAAGAGCUACCGCAGGCCCCACUACUGCGAGCGGCAGCAGCAUAUCAACCUACGAGGUCCUGCAGUACAUUCGCAGCACGUUCGACGAUGAAGCCGUGCUUGACUCAGUACCGCUGGAGGCUGCGGGGAACCCUGGAGCCUGGCACGCGUGGCGUACUCGUCAGCGGCAGAGGGGAAAGCUGAGCGACAGCGCCGCUCCCCCUGCCAAUGCUUCUGUGCCCAAGGUAGACAGCGAAAACACAGAGGCCGAGCCUGAAGCAGAAGGGUGUGAGAAGGCUGACGAAAAGGAGGAACCGCCGGCCAAGGAAGGAGUAGAGGUCGCUGCUGCAACUGUGCCGCCAUCAGCACCGACCAUGUCAUCGAGAGAUCCGGGGCAGUGGAACUGGGCUGGCGUUUGGGAGGACAGGGUUAAGAAAGGAAUCGCUGCUUCGCUUUCUGAGCCGGUCUUGUACGGCGGAGCAGCUGCCGGAGAUGAUUUACCGGCGCCGCUUCGAGUGAUCAAGCGCCAGUCAAGACGGAUUCGAGGAAGCGAUUCUACCAGCGAGUAUGGCAGCAUGCGCUCCCGUCGAACCAGCGGGCAGACUGAGGAGAGCACUGGAAGCGCUCCGGGGCUAUCGGGCUGGGAUCGUCCUUUGACCGUGAGGAAGAAGCGACAAUCCGUUUUCUCGCCGUCCUACUCGCCGAGCCCUUCAAUCCAAGCUCUUCGGCCAGAGCGUUCUUACAUGAUGCUUCCGCGCAUGAGGGAACGAAACUCUUCCAAUAUUCAUUCCAACGGCGACACGCCAAGUCUGAAGUACCCCUCGCCCAUCAAAGAGAUGCCGGAUUCAGUGCUCCCCGAUAGGAUGGACGGAUAUCGUUCCCCAGCGCUGCAUUCUUCCUACGACAAACAUGGAAGUGUUUCGCAAUCUCCAUAUCCCAUGGACUAUAGCAAUGCGUAUCAUGCGCCCAUCUAUCAGGAUGCUUAUGUGCUCGUGCCGCAUAUAUCGAUAACACCCGAGGCUCGAACUUGGGAUAACAGCGGUGACGUGCUGUGGACUGCGAUCGAGAUCACCGGCCAAGUUCGCCAGUCGUCGAACUCGCAGCCUGCAUUUUCGCAACAUGCGGGCUGCGAAGGUAUUGCCAUCCCAGGUAGAACACUUUACGCUGGCUCAACUAUUCUCAUUCUUGCCCACAUUCGCCUCAAGUCACAGCCCGCGAGCAUAGUGUCUUCAAUAUCUGCUUCUCGCCAGCAAUCAGACGACCUCAUGGAUGACCUCGAGUUUCACCUCGACAGCUCCGUGAGGGACCACCUCUCAAUCAGUCUCACGUACGCCCAUACGGCUUUCCCCCAACACUCUCGCUUGUCAGCAUCGUUUGACAGAACCGGCAUCACAUCUGUUCACACCCGCAUGGGAACCACGGCAACCGCUUCGCUGAAGCGCCAUGCCCAUCGCUCGUCGUGGAGUUCGCACCCGGUUCUGACCCCAAACCCCCUCUUCAACAUUAUCACGGCCAACUGGCCGCCAGACCGCGCCGCCAAUGCCAUUAAUCGCAUGCUCACUUGCCGUGCAGCGAUACAGUGCUCCGACCCUCAUAGACAGUGCAGCUUCCAAAAUGGGUGUCUUCCUGACGGUAGUCACAGCCCGAGCCCACCGGCCGAGUUGUGUAACGGACGAAAGACGGCACCGCCUGGCCAGAUGCGGAUUCCACGUCGCGAAACCAGCUUGACGAAGAACGCGCCGGGCGGACGGCCGGAGCAGACGCGAGUCUUGUGGCCCAAUGUGCGCAGGCCGUCCAGGGAGGACACUGAUGGUGGUGCGCAGUUGGCCGGCGGGGAACAGGACUCGUCGUCGGCCGAUGCGGCGUGGCCUUCGGAUCUGACUCUUCGAAAUCGGGCGUCGAUGGCUGGGAAUACUGUUGCGACAAGCUCACCAAGUGCGGUUUUGGCUUCAGCUCCGUCUGCGGGAGGUUAUACGGAGAACCAGAGUUGUCGGGAGUCAGCGAAGGGCGUGAAGGCCCGCAAAGGAGGGCAGACGCUGGCGAGAAGGGGCAGUGAGAGAGGGAGGAAUGACGGUGGGCGGUGGAACUGGUCGAACUGGUGGUGA